AUGUCUGGUAUGCGUACCGCCUUACAAGCUGCUAGCGAACUCUCUGGCUUUGCGUGCAAGCACUUAGUUAGGCUUAAAGACUUUGUAUCCACUGCCAAAAUAGUUUUAAUUCUGUCAAAAUUUCCGAAGACAGUUUACACAGAAAAGAUGCUUAGCUCUUCACUUCUCUGUGGCCUGAGGGCAGUUCGCUCUUCUGUUGUUAUCACCAGAAACUUGGCAGCCGCGCAGAAGGCCACAGAUCCCAUCCAACAGCUUUUUUUGGACAAAGUUAGGGAAUACAAGCAGAAGAGCGCUGGUGGUAAACUUGUUGAAGCAAGCCCAGAAAUUGAAAGAGAGCUGAAAGCUGAGCUCGACAAGCUUGAGAAACAGUAUGGUGGCGGUUCCGGUGUCGACAUGACUGCCUUCCCUUCUUUUAAAUUUGAAGAACCCAAACUGGAUCCCAUUGAUGAAGUCAAGAAGUGAAUUAACUCUGAUUUAGACUUUAAACACAAUUUGUUGUAUGCUCUUCUGGUGAUUAAAUUAUUGAUUUAGGUA